UAUUAAAUAGAAAAUAAAUUAUUUUCAAUUGUGUACAGUUGUAAUAUUAGGAAGGCGGUGGUUCUGGAACCAGCUGUCAAAAGUCUCGUUUUCAUGGCCGAAAUCUCGUAUCUUGCGAGACUUCAGUUGAAGUAACGAUUUUGCCCGUGGCUCUAGUGUUGUGUGGCAGUAGUUCUUGUUGUGUGUGUCUCCAAUACUGAUCGCGUAUUGUUAUCUCCUUUUCAGCAGUUUUGAUAUUCUCGCUUCAUUGCAGUAACGAUAGAUAGCGGCUUGGGUUUCAUAAUUUCGUUAUUUUGUGUGAUGGGCAGAAGGCAUUGUUAAGGAGAGACUGGAGACAGGCUGGAAACACGCCGGAUCCUACUCUUUUAGUAAAAGAAUACGAGACUUCAAGACACAAGGAUCAUGAAAAUGGUGUUGUCCCAACGUCAGAGGGAGGAGCUAAAUAAAGCUGUAGCCGACUACCUCAGCAGUAAUGGUUACCUUACAGCUCUAGAAGGCCUGAAGAAAGAUGCGGACAUGCCUGGAGAAGUGGAAAGGAAGUAUGGAGGUCUUCUUGAAAAGAAAUGGACUUCUGUUAUUAGGCUCCAGAAAAAGGUAAUGGAGCUGGAGUCGAAGCUAUCUGAAGCUGAAAAAGAGUUCAUCGAAGGAGCCCCCACUAGAGCCAAACGAUCACCAGCAGACUGGAUCCCUAGACCACCGGAAAAGUUCUGUUUGAAUGGACACCGAGCACCCGUUACUAAGGUCAUAUUUCACCCGGUAUUCAGCCUAGCUGUGUCUGCGAGCGAAGAUGCAACGAUCAAAGUCUGGGAUUUCGAAACAGGGGAAUAUGAAAGAUCCUUAAAGGGGCAUACAGAUUCCGUUCAAGAUAUUGCCCUUGAUGCAACUGGAAAAAUACUAGCAUCAUGCAGUGCCGACAUGUCCAUCAAGCUAUGGGACUUCACACAGACUUACCAAUGCUUGAAGACUUUACAUGGACAUGAGCAUAACGUAUCUGGGGUAACCUUCCUACCAUCUGGAGACUAUAUCAUGUCAGCUUCUCGAGACAGAACACUCAAGAUGUGGGAAGUUUCUACGGGGUAUUGUGUGAAAACAUUCAGUGGACAUCGGGAGUGGGUAAGGCAAGUGAAGGUUUCUCCAGAUGGAACACUCGUAGCAUCUUGUUCUAAUGACCACACUGUGAGGGUAUGGGUCAUUGCAACUAAAGAAUGCAAGGUUGAGUUACGAGGACAUGACCAUGUUGUAGAGUGUAUUUCCUGGGCCCCAGAAUCUGCCUUCUCUGCCGUCAACGAAGCAGCUGGUGCAGAUAACAAAAAGGGUGCAUAUGAGGGACCUUUUCUUGUUUCCGGAUCAAGAGAUAAGACUCUAAAGAUAUGGGAUGUCGGUCGAGGCAUAUGCUUGGUUACAUUGGAAGGUCAUGAUAACUGGGUGAGAGGAGUUGUUUUUCAUCCCCAUGGAAAGUACAUCGUUUCUGCCUCAGAUGACAAGACUAUUAGGGUUUGGGAUACCAGAAAUAGGAGAUGUGCCAAACGACUUGAUGCUCAUCCUCAUUUCUGCACAUCACUCGAUUUCCACAAGACUCAUCCGUUUGUGGCCUCUGGAAGUGUGGACCAGACAGUGAAAGUGUGGGAAUGCCGUUAAGAUUAGUUGGAAAGAUGCCAGCCCACUCUGCCAUUGGGAGCCACUUUUUAAACUAGUCCAAAGCUCUGAGCACAUUUCUGCAAUGUUUCACUAUUAUCAUUUAAAGAAUGAUUAUAUCCUAACAAAUUUUAAUGCUCUGGAGUUCAAAACAAAUCUUCCUCAGUGGUUUGUUUGGAAAUUCAUAAACAAUUUUAUGUUUUUUUCAUCAAUUAUAAAAAGUUGCCUAGCAACCAUUACCCUUGGCAGAGUGGUUAUUACACAUCAUUGAGGAAAUUUGUACAAUACCCAAAUGAACUAGUAUUAUGUUUUGUUUGGGAUUACUUUGCUUAAAAUUUAAAUUUAUCCAUAAAAAAAUAUUUAAUUGUGAAACAUGAUUUAAAUAUUGUGUGGAUUAUUCUUGAAUUAAUAAAUAUUUCGGGUCUAAAGUGUGAUCUCCCUUAUGCAGAUAUUUUCGAAUGCUGUAAACCAGUUUGUCUGAGAUUUUAACACUUACAAAUUGAUAUGUGUCAUAAAAUAUUCCAUUAUAGCUUGCUGUCUCUUUAAUAUACGAGAAUUUAUUUUCAAAUGAACUGGUUGCAGAUUUAUUAUUUUUCGAAUUAAAUUUAAUAAAUGUUUUAUUGUAAUGUGUAAUUUAUAUACUUACUGCUAAAAUAAAUUAUUUGUAUAUGUUCGUUAAUUUAGUUGGAAUGUGCAAAGUGAUAUUUCAAAAUAGUGUUGUCUUAAUUUUAUAUACAAUUUAUCUUAUCCUAGUUGUUGUAAAUAAAUAUUAAGAUAUUGUUGUACUAGCUCACGUAUCGAUUGUCAUUCUUGCAAUUUUUUAAAAAUGGAUGUGAUUUUAAAAUUGCUUUUUUUCAGCACUCAAAAAGAGUUUCUUUUUAUUUAUUUUAUUUUUUUUUUCGAGGGGUGACAUACUUAAACAAUAUGUUUGUGGAAGAAUGCCUUGGCAUUUCUUAUUCUAUGUCUUAUUCUAUAAUACAUUAUAAAGAUGUGGUAAUUAUUACAUACAAGUAGUACAAACCUUUCCAAAAUGGAGAAAUACCCAGAAAACAAGUAUAUUUUUCCGCUUUUAAUCUUUUUAGUAUAACACAUUUCAUUAAAUUCAAUAAGUAGUGGUUAUAUUUACCAUGAAAUAUAGAGUAAAAGUUAAUAUCUAAUGGUGUAGAAUGGUUUAGUAGAUUAUAUUAAUUAUUCUAUAAUAAGGAUAAAUCAUUAUUUGGCUUCUGUUUUAUUGUUAGUUGUGUAUUACUUACUGCUGUCCAGUUGUUUUUAUCAAUCGAAUAGAAAACACUUUAAUAUAAAUAAUAAAAAUACUUCUCAUUAUGAAUUUAUGCUUAUACUUUAGUGAACCAAAAUUUACAUGAUACAUUAUAUAUAUUCAUAUUCAUUAUGUGAAUUAUUUUUAAUGCAUAAUACACUAUUAUGUAUGCUGCUUUUUAUUUUAUUUUUUCCUUCUACUACUCCUAUUUAGUAUAGAUUUAUUGUAAAUAAUCCCAUUUCCCUAAUAAUAGUUUCACAUUAUUCUGAAUUAAUUCUCUAAUUUUUACUUUCACUUACCUAUAUAUGAAAUAUAUAGUAAAGGAAAGAAUUGUAAUCGUGAAAAUUAUCGAAUCUCAGUUAUCAAUGGAAAUACACGUUUUGAGGUCCCCUAAGUCCCAAUAACCGCAAAUGGUCGGUGUUUAUGUGUUAAC